GUGUCUGCAACAACCUGUUGCUAUUGGGCCUGUCCUCUUCGUGCAGGACUUACGGGCUUGUGCAAGGUUGGUGCUUACUUAUCUGCAAAGCGCUCACGUAUCUGCGACGAAUCAAUUAUGGAACACGGAAUGAUGAGUUUGUGAUCCGAAUUAAUCGCCAAGGCUGCCAAUCGGCACCUUCAUUUGUGAAACCGCUAUUGGAGUAAUAAAUGGGAAUGGAUCAAGCUAUUUAAUACCUGAAAUAUUUAACCCUUGUACCUCGCCCGUUCUUUGCUCCAGUGACAGGUUAUCCGUACUGCCCAUGGCGACAACAACCUCUAUUACUCCGGAGGAAAUUCAAGGUUUAGAUCUAUACCUCCUGGCAGUCCCGAACAUCCAAUACAUCAGCCUUGCUGGUUUAACGCUCUUGACCUGGGACUUGAUCCUCACAUUUCCUCACGAGCUUAGAUUAUGGAACAGCAGAUGGACUCUCACAAAAACUCUAUUUCUCGUGAGGCUAUGUGCGUUAUCUCACUGUUCUCCUCAAUACCUCAUGCUCAUACGGAACAGAUGUUCUGCAAAUGCGUUCUUUGCAGUCAUCGCAUUGUUGCUGGUAGCGAAUAUCGAAAGUAAGCUUUCUGAGCUAUCCAACGUCUCAUAUACCCAUCGAAGUCUAAGUGAUUCUCCAACAUCGAUUAUAUGCAUUGUACGGAUAUGGGUACCAAUGAUGGGCUUAGACUUUGUUCUUGUCGUGUUGGCAGGCUACAAAUCCCUUCAGCACUAUUUCCAGGUGCCAGACAAGACCUGGUCUGGUGCGCACCUUAUGCGCACCUUCGCGCGGGACUCGAUUCUUUAUUUUCUCUGUAACUUUUUAAUAUACCUGUUCAGCACCUUACUGGGCAAAUUCGGUCCCCCCGAAUAUUAUCAACUCGGCGCGAUCACGAUCACAGUUGUCCCACCUGUAUCAGCGAACCGUCUUCUCAUCAACAUGUAUGAUUCGGCACGCGCCAAGCAGCCUACUUGGACAACGGUUUCGCAAUUUGGGGUUUCACUGCAAGCGAGAGACACAAUGAGGGUACACCACAAGGAGAUAGAGCUCGCAUUCAUCAGUGCGAAGAGUUCCCGAUGGAUGGAGGCGUCGUCGUUUGAUGAUAUCAGUGGGGCUGUGUGAAAGCAUUGUACAGUAUUGGGAUCUACAAGUUCGUGCCAAAAAGCGAGACUAUCUCGAAGCACAAUACGAGCAGUAGUUGCCCUACCAAAUCCAUCAGGGCAGAGUGGAUAGGCAGUGCGUAUGUAUCGGGAUCAAGGCCUCUGGACCACAGCAAAUUGGUCAAAAACUGAGCUAUGACUAAUGACGUGAAGACCUGUCGUGAACUUCAGCAAACAUCAAGACAGGGCGGACGGGAAAC